UCUGAUGGCCGAUCAUAACCAAGAAGAGCCCAAUUAUUUCGAAGACGACGAUGUGUUGAAUGACACUCCCAGUGAAUGUUUGAGAAACGAAGGAUAUAUGCAAAAACAAUUUGCAGAAGCUUACGAAAAUGUUCAUACAGAAAGAUUGAACGGAUUAUCUAAGAGUGAUCUUGUGCAAGAAUAUUUACUAUUAGAAGAUAAAGUAGAAGAACUUGAAAAAAAAUGCCGUCAAGCCAAAGAAGAUCAUAAAGACCAAAUAAUGGAGAACGACGCACAAACUGAAUGUUUAGAAGANAUUAGCACUAAAAAAUAA